ACAGUCUGGAAUCACUGAGUAAAGCUGAGUAAGUCUACAGAGGGUUCAUAACGUCGUUCAUUGUUUCAUGUCAAACAUUGUUUGGUUCCAUCAUGACCAGAAUAAAGCAUUUACUGAAGAUGAAUGAAUGAAUAAAGCGAGUUACAGACGAUUCUCUCAGGGUAGACCGCAGACUUGGAUUUGUUUAAUUCUAUUUGGACCCUUCCAAAAUGGCGGACACGUUGACGUAUUUAGUAGCUAGCAACAGCGGCUAAAGCGGAACCUACAGUUUUCUACGGAAAUGCGGAACAUCUCACCAUUACUAAAUUAUUUUGGGUGUUAAACAACCUAUAAACAGCAGGGUCAACAGAGUAGUGGGCUAAAGUUGGACCGGGAGAGUAGUGAGGGUGAAAGCGCUCUCAGGAUGGUAUAAGCUACACGGCUUUAUUGAUUGGGCGCGUGAGAGCAGAGCGCCGCUGCACGGCUGUAAACAAGCCCAGACCCCAGCGCUGCACAGACACCGGCCGCGUGACCGGAGGUCAACACCGCUUCUCCAUUCAGAGCGUCACUAAACUCACUCCAACAACAAACCCAGAGCAGGAGCAGAGUGAAAGGGCGGCACACAGGCCGAGUUUAAACUGGCUGCAGGACAACAGCCGCGGAAAGCUCCAGGCCGGGCCGGUGAAUGACCGCCGCUCACAGGGCCCUUUAACGCAGAACAACUCCAUGAAAAGCGACUCGGCGUUAAAGGACAACAAAGGAGCAGGUCUAAAGAGAAGACCUCCCCGGAUCUCUGCACUGCCGUCGGUCAGUGAGUGAGUUAAAGGCCGGGCUCGAUGGCGUUACAGCUGCGGAGGACCGCGCGGCUGCGGCUGCUGCUCCGCGGCGCUGCUCUCUCUCCCCGCAGGGGCUGUGCGGGACUGUCCCCCGCCUCCAGACUGCGCGUCCUGCUCGACAUGGACGGCGUUAUUGCGGAUUUUGAGGGGGGAUUUUUAAAGAAAUAUAGACAGAGAUACCCGAAUGAUCCGUACAUCAGCCUGGAGGAGCGCAGAGGGUUUUGGGUGUCGACUCAGUACGGAGAGCUGAGAGGAGACCUGUGUGAUAAAGCCAUAAGCAUUUGGGAGUCCAAGAACUUUUUCAUGGAGCUCGAACCUAUACCAGGAAGUGUGGAGGCUGUGAAGGAGAUGGCCAAGAUGAAGAAUACAGAUGUCUUCAUUUGCACCAGUCCAAUUAAACACUAUGCCCAUUGUCCAUACGAAAAGUAUGCAUGGGUAGAGAGGCAUCUGGGCCCUGACUUCCUGGAGAAGGUCAUUUUGACCAGAGACAAGACAAUAGUGAGUGGAGACAUCCUCAUUGACGACAAGCCGGACAUCUUUGGUGUGGAGCCCAAUCCAUCCUGGGAACACAUUCUUUUCACUGCCUGCCACAACAAGCACCUGCCUGCCAGCACCACCCAGAGGCGCCUCCUCUCCUGGGCUGAUGACUGGAGGGGCAUCCUGGAGGGCAAGCGCUAGUGAGAGCCUGGUGUACCUCCUCAUGUCCUCACCACAUCACCACUGGUCAACCUCAUCCUCAGUGGACCAGCAGAAAUAACAUGGAAGCUAUCAGUGGUGUAAGAAAUCACUGCACUGUAACACUGUUAUUCUCUUUUUGGUCCAAAUUUAAAGCUUGAUACACUGCAUGACGAGAAGCCAUUUUUAUAAGUAAGGGACAUAUAAAAGAGGAGACAAGCCUGAGUCAGUUCAUGAAAAAAAAAAACUGAGAAAGAUGACAUUUGCAAGACGUCAUAUCUAUAGAUAUGGGACACAAUGAAGGGGAUGUGAACAUGAACAUGUCCCUGACUUAUGUCAUGAUGCCGAUUACAUGAUGAUCAUUUAAAACACAUGGUUAUUGUGUAAUAACAAUAAUUCUUUCUUAUUGUUAACAAAUCAAUAGUAAUUACUCCUUAUUGGUUUUCUUUGGAGAACUGAUAGAUGGCCAGUUUACAUUGAGCAUAAACUGCCUCAGAGCUUGAUUUUAGCAAUCACAUUUUAUGUCAUGCUUAUAAAAAAAAAGGGGGGGGGGAACCACAGCACUACAUGGUUGUUUCAGACCUUUUAGUGCACAAACAUAAUUUUAUGAUACAAAAUACAUUUCGUAAAAUACUUUUAUUGAAUAGAGUUUUUUGUCAAAGGGUAUUCAUAUACUGUAGAACGAUGUGAAUUAUACACUGUAUAACAGAAGUGUAUUAGUUUGUGUUCAGAUUCAUGUUGUAUUGAAAAUGAUUUUACUUUUUUUUAAUUUUAUUUUAUUUUAUUAUUAUUUGUGCCUAAGGGAAAAUAUAUCACAAAGUAAGCUGAAGGUGCACACACUGUUUAUUAGUUACAUCCCUUAAUACAUACGAAUCUUUGAGCUUAAAUGUGAACCUGUGUGUGUGAGCACUGAAGAACAUUUUAGCCACAGUGUUAAAUGUGACCAGGUUCAGCACAUGGCAAAAAUAAUCAUCUCACACCCUUAGAAUUUUUUUAUGUUGCGACACUGUGGUUUCCCCCAUACACACAAAUUAAAUAUUGUAAUGCUGGUGGACCUGACUGCCUACAAAUGAUAUGCAUAGAACAUAUAACUAAAUUGCUAUAUUGCUAAAACUGUAACAGAUUUAGUAAUCACAUGCAUUAAAUAGUCUAUACUGACAUGCUUACACACAGAGUGAACAUCAACGUGCUAUGCUUUUGUUUCAUAUAAACUGUGGAAGACUUAUUCUGCUUUCUUAAAAGAGUGGUCUAACUUUUACAGCUCUCUGAUGCAUUUGAGGUGUAACAUCAUUGCACUAAAAACACUCAGAAGCCUUCUCUUUCCCCUCAACUCCAUUUAAAACUACAUCCAGUCCACUGAAUGUCUGCAAAGGAAAAGGGGCAGGGUUGAGCAGCUGGGACGGAGCUCAUUUCUAGACCAGUGUAGUGAUAUAUGUAGUCAGAAGCAUGAACUGAAAAAAACUGGCCAGAUCCAUUUUAUGGCAACAUUGUGAAUAUUUUUUAUAUUUAAUGUUGUAGUAUUACUGAAAAGAAACACUUUAAACACAUUUUUAAAUUACAAACCACACCUUCAAGGCAUGUAAAUAGUACAUUAUGCAUCCAAAUAAAAAUCCACUUGAAAAAUAUUGAAGCAGAACUGAUCUGUGUAUGGGGAAAAAUGGCAGUAGCACAGCAACUGUAGUUUUCAGAACUUAAACCAUGACUGCUUCUGUAGCAGAUCCUCAGUUACAGCUUGUUGAAACUAAUCACAGGCAUUUAUGUAAAUUAUUUACCUGAAGGCAGGUCAUUGAGAAAGAGAAGAGUUUUCACUUUAAAAGAGACUUUAAUACAUUUGCCCUCGCUUUUCUAAUUAGUGAGAACAUUGCUUGUUAAAAAAAAGUCAGCAACGAAAACAAUGUUUAAAGACAAUUGGACAGAGAACUACACAUUUAUUCUCUGCUUCAGAUUCACACAGUUGUAGUGUGAGUCCUGAGCACCACUACAAAACAAAAUAUAACCGCUUCAAAUUGUUUUAUUUAUAGCCAUUAACCAAUCAUUAAUGGUUAAGCAUUGAGAGGUAAAAGUUAUCCUGCCCUUUGUAAGAAACAAAUGUUAUGUAACUGGACCUUCACAAAUGGUACUUGAAUACUCCUGGCAUAGGCGAAUUGGGAAUAUAGUGCACUAUGUAGGUUCUACAAUGUCAUUGUGUUAAAACACAAUGACAUUGUAGAACCUACAUAGUGCACUAUAUUCCCAACAGAAAGACAGUUAAUAUUCUUCACAAUUCACUUUAAAAUCCUGAAUUAGGAAAGUCCUAUAGGUUGUAUACAAACAUAGUUACACUCUUGUAUAAGAUUUGUUACAGCUGGCACAUUUCUGUAAAACUGAUGUAGCUGCAUUAUGGUUGCUUUAGUUUGCACGAGUUUUCAUUUACUCAACACUGGUGCAGCUAGUUCUUUUCGACAUGGAAAAACCUACAGAUUUUACAAAAUUGCAAACAGUAUUCUGCUCACCCUAGUCCUAAAUGUUACCAAAUGGUUUUUGUUGUUGUUUUUUUGUUUUGUUGGUAAAACCAUAAUAGCUAGUAUAUGCAAGUAGGAUUAUAAUCAUCAGCAGUAGUGUGGAUAUAGUAAAUUGGAUUUAAUGAAAGAUUUUUAAAUCUUAGGUAAGAUGUGGUUAACAAUAGACAAAUGUACUGUAUGUUCUAUACACAAAAUCCAGCCAAAUGGGUAAUUUAACAUUUAUUUUUCUAAAUCAUUUAGGUUUUUUUUAAUGUUCUAAAUUGAUCAAAUGUAAUGUUUUAAAUCAGAAAUCUACUUGGUAUAUGGAGUGUUGACUGGUGUUAAUGGUUUAUGGAGAGAGUAAUUAUGGAUAAUUCGUUUACAGUGCAAAACCACUAACAUCUGCUGUUUAUUCAGAGAUCUGAGAGUGCAGCUGCUGCUGUCUUUACAUUGCACUGCUGAUGAUGCAGCUCUGUGAUGUAAAUAGGAUGCAAGCUGUCAGAUAUUGAUUGACAGCCAUAAUGAUCAUUAGUCUGGGAGUGAGCCAAGUGUGUGUGACUCACCUCAUUAAUGAAUGUACUUGGUGCUCUACAUCAAUCAUGUGUGGAGUGAAACAGGAUCAAAGCCACUCACUCAAGGUUUUAAUAAAGAAUGCAUUCAGUUUA